UCUCCUUCCCCUUCCCCGGCUUCUCGCGUUAAAAAAACCAGUCGAAUCCAAGGAGACAAAAGACACAGAAAUCUCCAUUCCCAAACCCGGAUUAGGGCUUGACUGCCCCCACCAGCCACCGGAGCCCCGCAGCCCGCCUCCGGGGGGCCAUCUCCGGCGACGAUCCGGCGACCCGCGGCGCCGCGCGGGCCCGGUCGACCUAGAUCUGCCGCGGACGCAUGAGGGAACCCCGAAUCGGCCAGAUCUAGAAGCUUGCGCGCCCUCCCGGGACCCCCGGGCCUGCCACCAUGCAGCCCAGCGGGGGGCCCUCCGGCAGCUCGCGGAGCUCCCCGGCGACGUCGCCGCGGCCGGAGCAGCCGCAGCCGGGGACCCCGGCGUCGGCGCAGCAGCAGUCCCAGCAGCAGCAGCUAGGGUUUAGGAGCCAGGGAAUGAUGCAUCACCACGAACAGCAGCAAGCAUACCAAUCCGGUGCGCCACCUGGCAUGAUGGGACCAGGCGGCAGCGGUAGCUUCCCUCAGUCCUCCAGCGCAAUGCCACCGUUCCAGGGUCAGAGGAACCUGCCGCUAUCUGGCGGACCACAGGGCAUGGUUGGAGGUCAGAUGCACAACCAGGUGGCAAUGCAGCAACAAUACCUGAAGCUUGCGAUGCAGCAGCAGCAGCAGCAGCAGAAGGUGGCCCAGGGUAUGCUCCUCCAGCAGCAGGCCAAGAUGAAUAUGCCGGGGUCAUCAUCAAGAGACCAAGAUAUGGUUAACAACCCUGCCAAGAUGCAAGAGUUUAUGGCCCUUCAGAUGUUUAAGCGACAGGCUGAACAUAUUCAGCAGUCGGAGAAGCAGAAAGAGCAGGGACAACCAAGCAGUAAUGAGCAAAGAACUGGUGAUAUGAGGCCUCCUAUGCCUCCUCAAGGAGUACCUGGACAGCAGUUGCCGUCAGUGGGUAUGAUCAGGCCCAUGCAGCCAAUGCAAGGCCAGGUGGGCAUGGGCAGUGCCGGUGGUGGCCCAUUAACGCCAUUGCAGUUUCAAGCCAUCCAAGCCUGGGCAAAGGAGAACAACUUCGACCUGUCCAAUCCUGCAAACAUGAGUGCGAUUUCUCAACUCCUGCCGAUCUGGCAGUCCAGCAGGAUGGCAGCCAUGCAGAAGCAAAAUGAGGCAAGUAUGGCUGCGCAGCAGCAAGCAACGUCCUCGCAAAUGAACAGCGAUGCCCCAGGGCAUGGCAAUGUUGCCAGUCAGGGUGCCCCAUUGAAGGCUAGGCAGCCCAUUCCCCCGAGCUCAGUUUCUGGUGGAGAAGAGGCUAAGAUAGUGAAUUCGAGCAACUUGCAGUUGCAACAACAGUUAUCUGCCCAUAACAGGGAUGGCUCAAAUGCUGUGAGGCCACCUAUGACAGUGGGUAAUGGUGCACAGACGAUGCAUAUCCCACAGAGUUCUGGGCAUGUGAAUAAGGUUCCUGAGCAAUCCAAUCCAAAAAAUGUCCUUGCAAAUUCAGAAGCGGUGCAGAUGCAGCAUGCGAGACAGAUGCAGCAGCUUAACCAAGCUGCUGCCCCUACAGCAACCCCUGGCGAAACAGGAGGGUCACAGGCCCCAACUCCAAGUGCCCGGCCGCAAACGGGGCAAACGGGUUUCACAAAAAAUCAACUUCAUGUACUGAAAGCUCAGAUAUUAGCUUUUCGGCGUUUAAAGCGUGGUGAUCGUACACUCCCACCAGAAGUUCUUGAAUUAAUUGUAACUGGACGGCCUCCUGAUUCACAAGGGCAGCAGAUUUCUGGACCUCAGGCAACGCCUAACCGCGAAAGGCCUGGUGUAAGCAAUGUGGAUGAACAUGGAAGGCAAAUGGAGACUGGUGAUAAAGCUCCUGAAAAACAGGCAUUGUUGAAGGGACCCUGUUUACCAAAGGUGGAAGUUUCUGCUUCAGAAGACAAAGCUAGUCCUGCCAGUGGUCCUGGUCCCAUGCAAGUGAUGAAAGCUUCUCCGAAAGAGUCUCUUAAAAUUGGACCAGUUUCAGUACCAGAGCAUAGUAACAAUACUGUGAUUAAAUCCGAGCAGGAUCUAGAACGGGGUAUCCAGAGAACACCUGGGAGAAGUGAUUACAAUGCUGAGAGGGGUAAAUCUUUACCAGCAGAAAGUGAUUCAGUAGAUGCUGAGCAGACAAAAAGGGCGGCCUCGACAAGCAGUGCCCCAGUUCCAAGAGAUGUUCCCAGAAAAUACCAUGGUCCAUUAUUCGAUUUCCCAUCCUUCACUAGGAGGCACGAUUCCUUGGGACCUGCAAAUUACAACAGUAAUCUGUCACUAGGUUAUGAUGUGAAAGAUUUAUUAGCUCAGGAAGGAAUGAUAGUUCUUGGUAAGAAACGUGAGGAUAACUUAAAAAAGAUAAGUGGUUUGCUUGCUAUUAAUCUAGAGAGGAAAAGAAUCCGGCCUGAUCUUGUCUUGAGGCUACAGAUUGAAGAAAAGAAGCUCAAACUCCUAGAACAUCAGGCUCGGCUCCGAGAUGAAGUUGAGCAUGAGCAACAAGAAAUAAUGGCAAUGCCAGAUAGGAUAUACAGAAAGUUUGUCAGACAAUGUGAACGUCAACGUUUUGAGCUUGCAAGACAAGUUCAGCAGAUGCAGAAAGCCUCGAGAGAGAAGCAGCUGAAAUCCAUUUUCCAGUGGCGCAAGAAGCUUUUGGAGGCACAUUGGGCCAUUCGUGAUGCUCGAAUAACUCGUAAUCGAGGGGUGGCCAAGUACCAUGAAAGGAUGUUGCGAGAAUUCUCAAAGAGGAAAGAUGAUGAUAGGAACAAAAGAAUGGAGGCAUUGAAAAACAAUGAUGUGGAAAGAUACCGUCAAAUUUUGUUGGAACAGCAAACUAGUGUUCCUGGUGAUGCAGCUCAAAGAUACAAUGUUCUAUCUUCUUUCCUGACUCAGACUGAAGAGUACCUUUAUAAGCUUGGAGGAAAAAUAACUGCUGCCAAGAGUCAGCAACAAGUAGAAGAAGCAGCAAAUGCUGCAGCUGCAGCUGCACGGGCACAGGGUCUAUCUGAGGAAGAAGUUAAGGCUGCUGCACAAUGUGCUGGUCAGGAGGUUAUGAUAAGGAACACAUUCUCUGAGAUGAAUGCACCAAGGGAUAAUACAUCAGUUAACAAGUACUACAAUUUAGCUCAUGCUGUUAGUGAAAGUGUUACCAAGCAGCCAUCACUGUUGCGAGCAGGAACUUUAAGGGACUACCAACUGGUGGGCCUACAGUGGAUGCUUUCUUUGUACAAUAAUAAGUUGAACGGUAUUUUGGCUGAUGAGAUGGGUCUCGGCAAGACUGUGCAGGUUAUGGCAUUGAUCGCAUACCUGAUGGAGUUUAAAGGGAAUUAUGGCCCACAUCUCAUAAUAGUGCCAAAUGCUGUCUUGGUCAAUUGGAAGAGUGAACUGCUAAAUUGGCUGCCAUCAGCAUCUUGCAUCUUUUACGUUGGUGCAAAGGACCAAAGGCAGAAGCUGUUCUCUCAAGAGGUUAUGGCCAUGAAAUUUAAUGUUCUUGUAACAACAUAUGAAUUUGUUAUGUUUGACCGUUCCAAGCUUUCAAGGGUUGAUUGGAAGUACAUUAUAAUUGAUGAGGCGCAGCGGAUGAAGGACAGAGACUCAGUCUUGGCGCGUGAUCUUGAUCGCUAUCGCUGCCAACGGCGCCUCCUUCUCACUGGUACUCCUCUACAGAAUGAUCUCAAGGAGCUUUGGUCCCUCUUGAACCUGUUGCUUCCAGAAGUAUUUGACAGUAGUAAGGCAUUUCAAGAUUGGUUCUCUAAGCCAUUUCAGAGGGAUGGUCAGACACAUAGUGAAGAAGAAGAUGAUUGGCUUGAGACAGAGAAGAAAGUAAUAAUCAUUCACAGGCUGCAUCAGAUUUUGGAACCUUUCAUGCUACGUAGGCGUGUGGAAGAUGUUGAAGGCUCACUUCCACGGAAGGAUUCUAUUGUUUUGAGGUGUAGAAUGUCUGCCAUUCAAGGAGCUAUAUAUGAUUGGAUCAAAUCUACUGGUACUAUUAGAGUUGAUCCUGAAGAUGAGAAACAACGUGCACAAAGAAAUCCCAUGUACCAGUUCAAGACAUACAAGAACCUCAACAACAAGUGCAUGGAGCUAAGAAAAGUUUGUAACCAUCCUCUUCUGUCAUAUCCAUUCUUGAAUCAUGGGAAAGAUUUUAUGAUCAGAUCUUGCGGGAAGUUGUGGAAUCUUGAUAGAAUUUUAAUUAAGCUUCAUAGGGCAGGCCAUCGUGUUCUCCUUUUUAGCACAAUGACAAAACUUCUUGACAUCAUGGAAGACUAUUUGCAAUGGAGGCGACUUGUUUACAGGCGAAUUGAUGGAACAACAAGCUUGGAAGAUCGAGAGUCGGCGAUUGUUGACUUCAACAGGCCUAAUUCUGAUUGUUUUAUAUUCUUGCUUAGUAUUCGUGCUGCUGGUAGGGGUCUGAAUCUUCAGAGCGCAGACACUGUUGUAAUAUAUGACCCUGAUCCAAAUCCACAAAACGAAGAGCAAGCAGUUGCUAGGGCCCAUCGUAUAGGGCAGACUAGGGAGGUGAAGGUUAUUUACAUGGAGGCUGUUGUUGAUAACAUAUCUAGUUACCACAAAGAGGAUGAGUUGAGAAAUGGAGGGAGUGGAGAUUUGGAGGAUGAUCUUGCUGGGAAAGAUAGGUACAUGGGAUCAAUUGAGAGUCUCAUCCGCAACAAUAUCCAACAAUACAAAAUUGAUAUGGCAGAUGAGGUCAUUAAUGCUGGUCGUUUUGAUCAAAGAACAACCCAUGAGGAAAGGCGGACGACUUUAGAGACACUCCUGCAUGAUGAAGAGAGAUAUCAAGAAACUGUUCAUGACGUGCCUUCAUUACAGGAAGUGAACCGAAUGAUUGCUAGGACUGAACGUGAAGUUGAACUUUUUGAUCAGAUGGAUGAAGACUUUGAUUGGACAGGGGAUAUGAUGAAACAUCAUCAGGUUCCAAAGUGGCUUCGUGUUAGCUCUACUGAAGUAGAUGCUGUUGUGGCAAGUCUAUCCAAAAAGCCGUCUAGAAAUAUGUCGUCUGGUGGCAUUGCUUUAGACACUAAUGAUACACCUGAGAAGAGAAGGGGUCGGCCAAAGGGUACUGGCAAGUAUUCCAUCUACAGGGAGAUUGAUGAUGAAGAUCUUGAAGAAUCGGAUGAAGAUUCUGAAGAGAGGAAUAUCACCACACCCCUGCCUGAUGAAGGGGAAAUAGGGGAAUUCGAAGAUGAAGAGGACAAUGAUGAUUCGGUACCUGAUAACAAGGAUGAAUCAGAGGAAGAAGAGCCUAUCCAUGAUGGCAGGUACAAUUUUACUGAUGGAUUAGGUAGCAGAAAAGCUAACAGGAUGGAAGAAGCUGGUUCCACAGGUUCUUCUUCUGGAAGCAGGAGAUUACCACCACCUGCACCUUCCUCAUCUUCAAAAAAAUUGCGGUCCCUAUCUGCUCUGGAUGCCCGCCCUGGUUCUUUGUCAAGGAGAACUCCUGAUGACCUAGAGGAAGGUGAGAUUGCAAUGUCAGGUGACUCACAUAUGGACCUCCAGCAGUCAGGGAGCUGGAAUCAUGAACGUGAUGACGGUGAGGAUGAGCAGGUGUUGCAACCAAAAAUAAAACGCAAAAGGAGUAUCCGUGUUCGUCCAAGACCUAAUGCAGAAAAGCAGGAAGAUAGAUCUGGCGGAGAAGGGGUCUUCCCCCAGCGUGCUGCCAGGCAGCAAGACGCAGUUCAUCCUAUAGUCAAACAGAAGCGCAACAUGCCAUCUAAGAAGGUUUCGCCUGCUUCUAGGACAGGGAAAUUGACUUACUUGUCUGGAUCUGGUGAAGGAUCUGCUGAACGCUCCAAGGAAAAUUGGAGCAGUAAGGCCAUUGACUCUGCUUCCCCAGAGUACCGCGGCACAAAGAUGUCUGACAGUAUGCAAAGAAAGUGCAAGAAUGUGAUAAGCAAGCUAUGGAGGAGGAUUGACAAAGAGGGUCAUCAAAUCAUACCUAAUAUAUCUUCUUGGUGGAGGAGGAAUGAAAAUUCCUCAUUCAGAGGUCCAGCUGGUAGCACCCUUGACCUACAGAAAAUUGAACAGCGAGUUGAUGGAUUCGAGUAUAGCGCUGUAACCGAGUUCAUAGCGGACAUGCAGCAGAUGUUGAAGAGUGUGGUUCAGCAUUUCAGCUAUAGGCAUGAGGUCCGGAUAGAAGCUGAGACCCUCCAUAACUUAUUUUUCAACAUAAUGAAGAUUGCCUUCCCAGACUCAGACUUCAGCGAAGCUAAGAAUGCGAUGUCAUUUUCGAAUCCUGGAGGAGCUGCAAGUGGCGUUGCUGGGCAGUCGACAAAGCACGCUGCUUUGGGCCAUAAGCGGCGUGCUAGCACCAGUGAAGCAGAGCAGCAUGGUUCGGGACAUAGCAGGCAUAAUCAGCCUAGCGAGGUUCCUAGCCGGCCUCACAGUUCCAGAUCUGAUAGAGAUUCGAGGCAUUCUGGAUCUGGCAGCAGGGAUCAACUCCCGGAUGGUGCUGGGUUAUUGCACCCAAGCGAUAUGUUCAUUGUUAAGAAGAAAAGACAAGAACGGCCAAGGAACAGCAUUGGUUCUCCAUCUAGCUCAGGCCGAGCUGGGCCGCUCUCACCAACCAACCCUGGGCGGCUGGGCCCAGUGCCCUCACCUAGAGGUGCCAGGAUGCCAUUCCAAAGGGAUGCGCAUCCGUCCCAGCAGUCGAUGCAUUCUACUGUUUGGGGUGCGCAUUCAGAUCAUGGGGGGAGUUCCUCGACACCCGGCAUUGGGGACAUCCAGUGGGCCAAGCCAGCCAAGCGACAGAGGACUGACACUGGCAAGAGGCGGCCGAGCCAUUUGUGAGGACUCUUUGCAUCGCGGUGUACAUUCUCUGGCAUCCUUGAUUGGUCUAACCUGUGAAGCGUGGACUCCAGUGGUGGGGGGCUCGUUCGCGUCAUUUUGGCACCCUGUCGAGUCCAUCCUUUGCAUAUAUGACCGCCAUGCUGGCCUUUUGUUGCUGUGGGCAUCAGGAAUUUUUUCCUUGUAUGUUAGGCUCAUCAUUCUGUAAAGGGGGGGAAUUCUUAUGGUGGUGUGGUGCAGCUAGAAAAUGCAUUCACGUAGCAUUGAAUAUGAGAGGAUCAGCCGGCCUUGAUAAUAAAUUAGCUGUUUAUUCCCAUGUUUUAUGGGUCUAGUAUCAGAGUGAAUUCUGCGAA